GAAACCGCGUUAAUAAUUUUUUCCUAAAAAUGUCCGUUAAAAGUAAUAUUUUAAAAGUAGUAUUAAUUGUAAUUUUAGUUGUUUUUAUAUUAUACUAUCUUGAAGUGACAUUUAAUGAAGCUAAAACUCAUACUGAAUUUGAACAAUUCCUUCGAAAAUACAAUAAAAGUUACAACAACGAAACGGAACGGAUGAUGAGAUUUGAAAGGUUUCAGGAAGCAUUGUCAUCUAUUAAUAAAUUAAACAGAAAUUGUGGUGGCUACACUAAGUAUGGAAUUACUAGAUUCGCAGAUUUGUCUCCAGAAGAAUUCGCCAAGCGACACCUUACACCGAGGACAACAAGAUUAACAGGCAUGGGAGGUUUUUACAUGAGAAGGCCUAAAAGAUCUGUUACAACGACUUUAUUAGAAAAUGUUGAUUGGAGAAAUAAAGGGGCAAUUACUGCAGUGAGGGAUCAAAAAGAUUGUGGAGCAUGUUGGGCAAUUAGUGUCGUGGAAGUGAUUGAAUCUGUUUAUGCCAUUAAAACAGGAUCGUUACAGGCAUUUAGUGUUCAAGAAAUGUUGGAUUGUUCAGGAGGGUUUAAUCAAGGAUGUUUGGGUGGAAGUGCCGCUAUCCUGCUUUUGUGGAUGGCUCAAAAUGGUAUUAUUGUACAAUAUGAAGACAAUUACCCAACUAUUUAUGAAAAUCAGAUUUGUAAACUUAAUAAUUUUUCAUACGUAAAGGAAGGAGUCAGAGUAACCUCGUUUUUAUCUCUUAAUUUUAUGAAUCGAGAAGAUCUAUUGUUGUCAUACAUAAUCAAAAGUCCAGUUGCUGUAGCUGUAAAUGCUCUAUCUUGGCAACAUUAUGCCGGUGGAAUAAUUCGUCAAUGUGAAAACAAUAUGAACUCGUUAAAUCAUGCAGCGCAAAUAGUUGGAUACGUCUUAGGGAAUAAUCCGUAUUAUAUUAUAAAAAAUUCCUGGGGAACUGAUUACGGGAUAAAUGGUUACGUACAUGUAGCCAUUGGAAAUAACGAAUGUGGAAUUGGAUGGGAAGUUGAUGUGGUCACGGCGAUAGCAAUUUUAACAGCGUCCAAAGCACACGAUUUCAAACUAAACGACGAUGGUCCUGUAAAAUUUGACAGAUUGGACUCGCAAAUUAAAAAAAUAAGUAAAAAUGAUUUCAUCAAAUCAUCGCAAGACAGUGAAUGGACCGAAGAAUGCAAAUGUGUUUCACACUCGGAUUGUGUACCUGAAAAGAAUGUUGCUUCCAUAGAUAUACGAAUAGUUACUAAACCGAACAAAUGUCCAACUGGAAAGAUAUUUUGUUGCAAAGAUCCAUCAAUUGAAAACCCAUUACUGGCGUGUGGUAAAAUAACACCUUUAGAUAUUGAAGGAAUCAAAAUUAAUCCCGACCAAGCUAAAUUUGGAGAGUUUCCUUGGCAAGCAUUAUUUUUAACGAUCGAUAAUUCAUUUGUAUCUAAUGGAGUUCUAAUUGGAAAAAAACACAUUAUAUCAACAGCCCACUUUAUAACCAGUUAUACAAAAAACUCGAGCGCUUUGAAAGUACGUCUGGGCGAUUGGGACGUAUACCGUAACGUGGAACCUCUUUCGCACGUCGAGCGGUCCAUUGCAAGUAUAGCGGUGCAUCCCGGUUACGACUCGUCAAGUUUGCAUAACGAUAUUGCUGUUAUAACGCUAUCCGAACCGGUUGUGCUGUCGCAACACAUUAGCCCCGUAUGCGUGCCAAUAAGUGCGUCUAACCCGGUGGCGUCAACACAGCUGUGGACCGACUGCAGGGUGUCCGGCUGGGGAGCCGAGAGUUUCGAACAGCCUCGGUUUCCGGGUAUAUUGAAAAAAGUCAACGUGCCCGUCUGGCAACGAGAUAAGUGUGUGGCGAGGUUGAGGUCGACAAGGCUAGGCGAGAAGUUUGACCUGCACGAAGGCUUUUUGUGCGCUGGCGGCGAAGAACAUGAAGACGCGUGUACGGGUGAUGGAGGCUCACCAUUAGUAUGUGAAGUCGAUUCCGUCACAUACCUCGUCGGUCUUGUGUCUUGGGGAAUCGGAUGUGGAUCUGCUUCGGUACCUGGUGUCUACGUAGAUGUCAGUAAAUAUAUAUUGUGGAUUGAAAAACAAAUA